CGCCCCCUAAUUGGCAAUGUUUCUGUUUUGAUCGAGAGCAGCGAAUGACGACAAACGCAGUUGUCUAGAAACUGGUCCUUUUUGGCAGCUGGCUCGGUGACCCUGCGCCAGCACCUGCUUGAUCUCUUUAAGGGCACCAUGGUACUGCCGCAGUACACGUUCGCGGCGCUGGCAAUCGGAGCCAUCGCUGCCAUCGCCAUCACUUUGUACACCACCCUGAAUGGGACUGCACCAAACAGGCAGCGAAAUGACAAUGGGCACAACUCGCGUCGACGGAGAGUUCAGAAAAUUUGCGAGGUAUGCAAGAAGAGAGGAGACAUGAUCGUCCUGCCCUGCAAACACACAUAUCACAAGUGCUGCUUCAUGAACCUGUAUGGAGACGACGUCGGACCGAAGGUGCCGUCAUCUUGCAUUGUUUGCUGGAGUAAUCUGUCCAAAGAACAAAGAUCAGCUGUGGAGGAUGUUAGAGACAUUGAGUGCAGCAUCUGCCUCGAAAGUGUCGUCAGAGAUGCUGUUGCCUUGGAGUGUGGACACCAGUUUCACAACAUUUGCGCCAAUGCUCUCAUUCAGCAUCAAGAUCGAAAAUGUCCAAACUGCAGGGAAGCCCUUUCUACGCGCGAUUUGAAGGACAUAGUCAACGCAACCAGAUGAACUUGUGUCGUCCAAUUUUAUUUUGCCUGGAGCUCUCUUUGGUUGAACCAGCUCUAUUUAUUCUCUUUAUCAAUGUUUCGUUUGAAUUAUUACUUAAAUGUGUCUAUUGUCCAUACAUUGGGAAUUGAAAUAAGAAAUUAUUUCUGCUUUUUAGAUUACGGCAUGUCGCACUGCUAACAAAUAUAAUGCCUGUUUCGAUUUUUUCGACCAAACUUCAGGCUUAGGUUUAGAGACGUGUUUUGAAACAAAGUGACGAUGUUUUAUGUUAUCAAAUUUGUUAGGAUGAAUGCUGUAAAUAUAGCAACACUCGCUGAAAGUAAUGUCGGCUCAAAAAAGAAUCGGAUCAGAUUCAAAAUGUAACGUGCGAGUAAUAGUAUUUAGUGAGCAAUAAAUUGUCAGCUGAA